GAGCAGUCCGCCUGUCACUGCUUGCCUCUUUGUUCAAGCUGAUCUUGCUUCUCUCCCUCGGCGUUGGUGUUGGUGUUGGCGAGGAGGGGGGUCGGAGGCAGCACCUUGCUGUGUGCGCGUAUGUGUGUGGGUGCGCGCGCGUGUGUGCGUGCGUGCGUGUGUUGCGAUCUGUAUCGAGGCGCGUGGAUGAGCGGCGCAUAGCAGCUCGGCGAGGAGAGGACACCGCUGGCGAAGGAGUGACAGGUCCAAUACGUCUACAGCUUGUUCACUCGCACUCACUCACUCACUCACGCGCCGGGGUUCUUCUGCCGCCGCAAAGUGCUGUUUGCUCGUUCCGUCGAUCCGGCCGUCUCUGCACCCCGUGCGGGCUUUCAGGGGGCACCUGCACUGAGGCGCAGAGCUCACAUUCCUGAGGAUUGCACCACUGAGACGCGUCUCGUUUUGACUGGAUAAGGUCCAGCAUGGCGCUCAGUCCGCGUGGUGCUGAACACCAGACUCUCUGCGCCCUGGUUCUGCUGCUCUAUUUAGGCAUGGGUGCAGCCUCCUCCGUAGUGAACAUGCGUAGGGUCACACAUCCUCCUGUACAUCAAACGCUGGCAGGCAAGGCCGUCCUUCCCUGUGUCUACACCCUUCAGACCAGCUCCUCCAGCCAGGCUGCCCACGUCCUAUGGACUCACGUGAGGCUACCAGCAGAAGAAGAGGAUGCUCCUCUGGAGCAGGUUGUGCUUUCUGCUAAAGGUGAUGCAAUCAAGGUGAAUAAGGCUUUCAGUGGCCGCGUAGCGAUGCCAGGAUACACUGCCAAUCCUCUGAAUGCUACCAUGGAGAUCUCCAGUCUUCGUACCAACGACUCAGGCACUUACCGCUGUCAGGUUGUCAUGGGUAACGAAUAUGAGCGAGACACUGUGCCCCUGGUGGUCUCCGGUGUGGUGUUUCACUACCAGGCCGCCGGCACCAGAUACGGCCUCUCAUUGGCUGAUGCCCAGCGGGCCUGUCAGGAAAACUCUGCUGAGAUGGCCACACCGGCCCAGCUGUGGGCAGCGCACCACGGCGGCUUUGCCAGCUGUGCAGCCGGCUGGUUGGAUGACCAGACUGUCCGCUAUUCCAUCCAGUUGCCAGGGCUUGGUUGCUAUGGACACAAGGAGUACUCAUCUGGAGUGAGGAAUUAUGGGAAGAGGGACCCCAAAGAGCUGUUUGAUGUCUACUGUUUCGCAAAAGAACUGGAUGGGGAAGUCUUUCACUCCGCGGUCCCAGGCAGGCUGUCCCUGUCCUCGGCCUCAGACCGCUGCGUGUCCCUCGGGGGGCAGCUGGCCACAGUGGGACAGCUGUAUCUGGCCUGGAAAGACGGCCUGGACAGCUGCGCGCCCGGUUGGUUGUCUGAUGGCAGCGUGCGCUACCUGGUGACUCGGCCUCGUGCGGACUGCGUGGGAAGUCAUCCGGGAGUCCACACCGUCGCACCCAACAGCACCGAGGACAACAGCACCGCACUAUAUGAUGCGUACUGCUUCAGAGCUAAAGCCGAGAAGUCAAGCUCCAUCUCUCAGAUCUACACCUCCCUGUGGAAGCCCUGGAGCUACCUCGCUGGCAGUAGUGAUGCCGACACCACAGGGACCAGCAGUCCAGACUUGACUACACCGCACACCAACCCCCCCAGAGGGACCACGGAUGCCGGUGAUGUUUCACCGUUAAACUGGACAGGACUGGUUGACCUACAAGAGGAGGCCUCUGUUCACAGCACUGCAUACUCAGACCCCUGGUCCUCAGAGUCUUCGGGGUCAUUUGUGACUCUCCAGCUAAUCCCAGGACAGAAUCUCUUGGACUGGGGAGAGCCGUUGGAGACUGGACCCGACUCGGAGGAGUUUCUCGGACCACUGGUCGACCCCACUCCCGCUGACAAGAAGGUGAUCUCAAAAAUCGUCAAGUCCGUUUGGAAGCCUUGGAACUACCUGGCGGGGACUGAAGAUGCGGAAGGAACCCAAGCACCAAGUACACAGGCAGGAGGAGAGGAGAUGGCCACGAAGGUGACGGAUGAAGUGUCUAAUUCCUCCAAUGCAGCAUCACCAACUCUGUUUUCUUCGGGAGGUUCGUGGUCCAGCAGACCCUCAAGGGAAAACUCCACACCUGCCCUUGAAGAAUCUCCCGCUCGUCUGGCAUCCACUUCGUCCGCCUCCACUACCUCUAUGACUGCAGAUAGCACCAACACACGGGAGACUUCAGGAACGCACACGUCUGCCGCCUCCGGCUCUGCUGCACCUGGAGUAACCUCCGGCGGGGAAACCUGGGUCCGCGUUGAAUCGGCGACCACAACCCAGCCGGGUGACAGGAGGGAGGAGACGGUGACCUCCAGAGGCAGCGGUAGAGGAGGUAGAGGGAGGGGGAAGAAGAACAGAGGCGAGGACAGGAACAGGGGAGAGGAGAAGGGCAGAGGGGAGGAUAAAGGGAAGGGAGAAGACGAGGGGAGCGGAGAAAUCACCGGCGCGGAGGCAAAGGGCGAGAUUCAAGUUUCACGUCGACCAGUUGGAACCAGCAAACCACGAGAAAGAUCCAGAGAACGAUCCAGGGACAGGGGUCACAGGAAGGGACAGUCCACCACUACCGCUUCCACCACCACCAAUGCGAGUCCCCUGGAGCUCGCGGUGGUGACCACGACUGGGUCGGAAAGCGUCGACUUAUCCACAUCUGCAUCCCCGUCCACUUCGGCAGCAAGAGCCUCGUUCCCAUCAAGCUCACCAGAGCCACAGCAAUCCCUCUCCUCGUCCCCCAUUGCUGCGUCUCCAUCUCCCUCCUCGUCCCCGCCACCCCCAUCUCAAUCCCUCUUACUGUCCCAAUCUCCAUCCCCGUCUCCAUCCCAAUCUCCAUCCCAAUCUCCGUCCCAAUCUCCGCCCCCAUCUACAUCCCCAUCCACGUUUCAUGAAUCUUCCACCCCUUCACGCAAUUCCCAAACCCCAUCGCUCUCCACCUCAGCAUCACCCCCCAGUUCCGAUUACCCAUAUCAAGCGGCCGGAUCAGGAGACCCGGCUACAUCUACUCACGCAGAAAGCCAGGAUAGCUCCACCAAGACCUCGACGUCGCCGUACUGGGUUCCAGUGGAGGAAGUAGUGCUGAACAGCACUCUGGAUCAUACCUCAUUGCUGCCGGGAGCCCCAGAUGUGGAGGAGCCUGCUUGGUCUCACGCUGUGGGGUCAGGGGCCCCGUUGCCUGGCAACAUGGAGGAGGAGAGCAGUAGAGGGGUAGUCAACAUCAGUAACAUAACUCUCAGCUCAACAGGCGAAGUGGAGCCCUGCGUGACAAACCCAUGUCUGCAUGGGGGAAAGUGCCUUCCACAGGGAACGGGCUACAGCUGCUACUGCCCACAAGGAUACACUGGGGAGAACUGUGAGAUUGAUGUUGAUGACUGCCUGUCUGAGCCCUGUGAAAAUGGAGGCACUUGCGUCGACAAGAUUGAUUCCUUCCUCUGCCUUUGCCUGCCCAGCUAUGCAGGAGACACGUGCGAGAAAGAUGUAGAAGGUUGCGAGCACGGUUGGAGAAAGUUCCACGGCCACUGCUACAGGUACUUUACGCACAGACACACCUGGGAGGAUGCAGAGAAGGACUGCAGAGAGCACAGUGCUCACCUAAGUAGCGUCGUCUCAGUUACUGAGCAGGAGUUUAUCAAUGGUCUGGGCCACGACAACGCCUGGAUCGGCCUGAAUGACCGCACAGUGGAGGAAGACUUUCAGUGGACCGAUAGCAACGAACUGGUUUAUGAGAACUGGAGGGAGAGCCAGCCAGACAACUUCUUUGCUGGUGGGGAAGACUGUGUGGUGACCAUUGCCCAUGAGGACGGGAAGUGGAACGACGUUCCCUGCAACUACAACCUGCCCUACAUCUGCAAGAAAGGCACCGUGUUGUGCGGGACACCGCCCGCAGUGGAGAACGCCCAUUUGAUAGGUCGGCGAAGGUCACAUUAUGACAUCCACGCAGUGGUACGCUACCAGUGCUCUGAGGGCUUCUUCCAGCGCCACAUCCCCACUGCACGCUGCCGGGCCGACGGGAGCUGGGAGAGACCCAGGAUCAUCUGCACAAAGUCCCGGCGGUCCCAACGUUACCGCCGUCACCACCACAACCAGCACAGCGAGCGCCGCGGCCACAGGAGACACGGAGGAGAGGGACACAAGGCCCGAGAGGACGCACACAGCUACUACUGAACCAAAUAAUUCAUAAAUAAUACAACGCUUUUCAAUGGCUGGGUGCUAACCGUGGCCCAUAAGAAAGACAGUAGUCCACAUCAUCGCCAUCCCUUUUCCUACUUCUAACCGUGCUCCGCUUUGCAUUAUUUACCCUGAUAAAUAAGGUCUUUCUUACGCUAACAUAGUCUCUAUAAGGUCUAUCCCUGGGUUUGAGUGUUUCAAAGCUUCCUUUAACCGAGGUCCACGCGAACACUAACUAUAGCACUAACGCUUAUCAACGCCUCCAUCUCAAUACAGUCGAUCCUCCUCCUGUCUGAACUAAAACCCUCUCUGUUGGUGGGACUAACAGCUGUUUGUGUGCGUGUGUGAGCGUAUGCAUGUAAGACAGAAACGUAGAAAAGCGUAGAGUAACUUUUAUUUUGUCGCAAAGAUUAGCUUGUUCUACAUGAAAAAUCCUCCUUAGUGUUCUGUUAGCAAAGCACAGAUGUAAUUGAUGCAAGUUAGCAUCCAGUCCCUGGUGACCCUUUAGUAUGUGUACGGUAGCUGUUUCUUUUCCCAUUGAGACCCUGAAUAGUUUGUUUUGCUGUACUGACUUGCUUCUUCUAAUAUUUGCUAUAUUCGUGUUACGUUGCUAUUUAUUAUGAAUUGUUUGAUCGUGAGUAUGCUUUCUUUUUUAACUUACACUCCAGAGAGCCGAUGUAACAUCCCUUUUUCUAUACCAGUACAUGAAUCAAACCGUCAACAAUAAAUUCAAUUAAUCAUUG